AUGACACUAAAACGGGUCGAAGAUCGGCCAACUCCAAGGGAAGUCUACAACUGGCGCCCUUAUCUACUCGCAUUGAUUGCUGGAUGGGGCGUACCCUACCUCCCGGUCUUUCUUUCGCUCGAAGUUCUCAACAUAAUUUCUAAUGCAUAUGUAUGCACCCGCAGCUAUGAUUCAGCAUUCAUUGGCGGAACUAUUGAGCUCCUUGCAUUUCAAGCCCAGUUUGGUUUAGAUCAACUGAGUGAAGACGAAUUGGCCUUCACAAGUUCGAAUAUUGUGUCCACGUACCAAGCCGGUUGCUUUUUCGGGUGCAUAGCUGCUUUCUUCAUAGUGGAAACAUUCGGACGAAGAAUAACACUACAGUGCUCAUCCGCUCUAUUUUGUCUGGGUGCUGGGCUGAUGCUGGGGGCAAAGCAUUCCUUGGGAAUGAUUUUUCUUGGACGCAUUGUCGGAGGACUAGGUGUGGGCGGGGUGUCACUUGCAACGCCACUCUACAUUGCCGAAAUUGCACCUCCCUCCAUACGUGGUCAGCUAGUUGGGUUCUAUGAGAUUUUUCUACAAGCAGGAGGUGUUGUAGGAUUUUGGAUCAAUUUUGGUAUUUCUGAGCAUGUCUCAUUUGGGUCAAAACAAUGGCAUAUUCCUGUGGCUGUUCAACUAAUUCCUGGUGGUCUUCUUUUGGUCGCGUCUGUUUCCCUUCGCGAAACUCCGCGCUGGUUGUAUCGCAAGGGGCAGCUUAAUGACGCUAUCGUGAACUUAUCCUGGAUAAGAAAUCUGCCCGCCGACCACCCUUAUAUUCAGCAAGAGAUGGAAGGGAUUCGAGCUCAGUUUCAACGUGAAAUGCAGGAAAAUGGCACCGGAGGAUUUAUGACCAAACUAAAGGAACUAACAAAACCUGGGAUCAGAAAUAGGCUCGGGGUAGGGAUGUGUAUAAUGAUGUGUCAGAAUUUGACUGGAAUGAAUGCCAUCAAUUAUUAUUCUCCCACCAUUUUUAGCUCGAUUGGUAUAACUGGGACGAAUAACUCUCUAUUUGCGACUGGCAUUUAUGGAGUAGUAAAAAUGGUAGCUACGCUCAUCGCUCUCGUCUGGCUUGUUGAUCGUGUUGGGCGCCGAAAACCAUUGAUUGCUGGUGCUGUGGUCGGCGCGCUUGCUAUGUAUUACAUCGCGGGCUUUGUAGCCGUCGCUAAGCCUAGUAAUGUAGGAAGCCCUAGCCCCGCUGGCAAAUUCGCUGCUGCAUGCAUCUACAUCUUCGCUGUGGCGUUUUGUAUGUCGUGGAAUGGGAUCUCAUGGAUCAUCUGUUCGGAGAUCUUCCCACUCAGUGUGCGUGCACUCGGGCAGGCAAUCACUUCCGCCACACAGUGGUUAUGGCAGUUUGUCAUUGCGCGUUCCACACCUUAUAUGAUUAAGAACAUCGGAUAUGGUACAUACCUGUUUUUUGGAUCAUGCAUGGUAUUGAUGAUUCCUUGGGUGUAUUUCAUCCUUCCAGAGACCAAGGGCGUGUCGCUUGAGGACAUGGACAGGUUGUUUGGAUACUGCCCGCACGGAGACAAUGUGGUGAUCGAAGAGGGGUUAAGCAAAGGCGAAAUUGUCGAAAGAGAGGUAGUUGGAUCAGGCGUACAUGGGCAGAUUUAA